CGAGGUAUUUGCGAAAUAUAAUAACAGAGCAACUGCGCACCGUCACCGAUCAUCGACGACUCAAGACCUAGUGUCAGCGAACGACGUGAAUGUAGAAGGCCUCUAUCCACUAUCAUACACGUGCCUAAAAGUGUAAAACCGUUCAUACUUUACGUCGUGCACUGUGAAAUACAAUAUAGUUUUAAGCGCGUUCUGUAGAACGUUUAUAAAACAAAUCAAUGUGGCUAAAAAAAACGCCGAGCCGUGCCGAGUAGUUAACAAUUUGCACUACCUACUGAAUUUGACAUGGAUCAAAUAGAGGACAUUGCGGAGGAUGUUUUUAACGAAGUUGAGAAAAAUCUAAACUUUAAGCUACCUAUUACAUUAAAAAAUAUACUCAACAUUACUGGCUUCGAUAACUGUGAAUCGAUUACUGAUUAGAGAUAUAUCAGAAAAAGAUGUAACUGAAAUCGAAGAUUUUGCUCGACACAAAUUGUUAGAAAUAAUUCCUGAAAGUGAAUAUAAAAACUAUCUUGGGCAUUUUGCAAAUAAACCCACUUUAUUUGAAAUAGUGACAGGUCAUAAAAAAUUGCUGUAUAAAGUACGGGAUUAUUUUAAAGAUAAGCAAAACAAGUUUGUGAAGCAAAAAGCACGAGAUGAUCGUCAAUAUAGACAAAAUGACACCGAAAAAGCAAUUUCAAAAUCUUACCCUUCAACUUCAAACUCGAGCCAAAACAACGACAGCUACAGUCAAAAUCGAGGUCAAAAUGUUAACAACAAAGAUCUCAACCUCACAGAAGAAAAUAGGCGUGUCUCCAAAGUUUUGCAUGAAUGGAUUAAAACCAAGUGCAGUGAUGAACAAUGGUUAUAUUUUAAACAAAAAAUUAAUGACUUUGAGAUCAAUUGUAGAGGCAAUUUAAUUACUGGACAGUUUGAGUGCAUUGUAAAAUGUUAUUGUAAUACGACCGCAAAAAUCUCAAAAAUAUCCACCAAAACUACUCACCAAAGUAAAUGGAUAUACAGUAAUUUUCAUAAACAUUUUAUAAAACAUCUAAACGUUUCAGUGCCCAAUACAUCAACCCGCGCGUCAACCACUUCACGUCGAUCAAAUAAAACGCACCAAGAACCGCCUGGCUAUCAGCAACGUAAACAAACCGCAAUUAUGGAUUUUUUUACCAAUCCUACUCCAAAAUCCGAGACUGUUGAUUAAACAAGAAUUACUUCAAUAACACAUACUAAUAAAAAUGGCGAUGAACUUUUGGAGAACCAGAUUAUAGAAGAAAAUCCAAGAGAAAAUCUAUUGAACGAAAUACAAUCGACCGCUAGCGUGAAAGUAAUUCCAACUCGAACAAGCGAUUGUAAACGUAAGGCGAUAAUCUUACAGAAUAUUGUUUUAUCACCGCGACCGACAGACAUAAUUCAGGUACUAAAUGAUCCAACCGAGGAUCCAACUGAAUCUCAGUCUUCCACGACACCUUCUGAAUUACAUGACAUAGGAGAGGAAAUACAUCGAUCGGAACUAAUUGGUUGUGAAAAUACUUCGAAAAAAGGAAUGUCAUUACACCAUGAAUCUAGUCUGAUUAUCAACGAAGAUUCAUUGAUAGAAGAUGAUCCACACUGUAAUAAAAAUGUACAAGGAAAUGAAUCUCUACCAGUAUUCCGAAUAACAUCAAAGUGGUCUUCAACGAAAUAUAGCAGAAGAGAAAGGUUGAGAAGAAAAAGAGAAAUGGACGAUUCUACGCAGCCGUUAAUAACAUCUUAUUAUCAGUUGCUAGACGCGGUCGAAGCUCGGGUGGAACACAUUCUAAAGACAAAUCCAAAAAUCUGUGCUUUUAUCGCCGAGUAUGAAAACGUAUGCAAAAGUAAUACUGAUUAUGCUACAUGUGAAAAAAGUACAAAUGAAACAGGGACAAAUUCCCUUCUUAAAACACUAAUGGAAGUAGCGAUUAAAAAUUCGAUGCAAUCUAGUAAUAGGAAUCGAUAUACAGAUGUGAUCAAGCAGUUUGCAAUAUACCUCUACUACAUUGGAGGAAGACUCCUAUACGAAACUUUAGAAGCGAACCUCAAAAAUGCUCUUCCGGCAAUAUCAACUUUGAAUCGGUAUGUGGACCAAAAUAAAAACAAAAUUCAAGAAGGCGAAUUCGAUUAUGACGGAUUGAAAUUAUUUUUAGAAAAUCGCAAACUUCCUAAAUAUGUGUGGAUUAGUGAGGACGCCACUCGUAUUACUGGAAAAAUCGAAUACGAUUCGACAACAAACAAAGUUAUCGGUUUUGUUAUGCCCCUCAAGGACGGGUUUCCACAAAUGGAAUCAUAUGUUGCGUUGUCCGCUCAGGCAAUUGAAGGAUACUUUCAAAAUAAUAAAAAAUCCGAAUACGCAUAUGUCAUCAUGGCGCAGUCUUUAUCAGAAGUAGCUCCCUCCUAUUGCCUAGCAAUCUAUGGAACAGAUAACAAGUUUCGAUACACAGAUGUAACGUCAAGAUGGAAUACAAUGACGAGACAACUGGACGAGCGCGGAAUAAUUGUAUUAGGGUAUUCCUCUGACGGAGACACGCGCCUUUUAAAAAGUAUGCGUUAUUUAUCUUCCCUGCCACCUGAACUACAAAUAAGUCAAUGGGAAUGGUACCAAAUGAACAGUGAUUUAAAUGUUGUUCAAUCAUAUAUACAAGAUACGGUUCAUAUCGCUACCAAGUUGCGAGUAAGAAUAUUGAAGGCGGGUAAACCAUUGAUAAUGGGCAGGUAUACUGCAAAUCCUGAUCAUUUAUUUUUAUUAAUACAUCGAUUCCCAAAAAAUGACCAUUUUCUGGCCGAAAGCGACUUAAAUAAUGAGGUUAAAAUGAAUUUUAGAUCAGCUGAAAAAAUAUGUAGCGAGGCUGUUUUAAAUCUCUUAAAAAAGUUAUCAGAGGAAACUUCAGAAGAAACAGAUGCCACAGUUCAAUAUUUAAGAAUAAUGCAGUAUGCUACAAGUUCAUUCUUAGACCAAGCGCUGACAGUUGAAGUCAGAAUUUAUCGUAUGUGGUACUGUGUAUUUUUUCUAAGAAUUUGGAGACAAUGGAUUCUUAAUACAGCUAGUCUUAAAUUGAGUGAUAAUUUUUUGACGUCUAAUGCUUACCUCUGUAUCGAGCAAAAUGCUCAUUCUAUUAUAAAAAUAAUUAGAUUAUUCCACAAACACGAUCUAGAUUUCAAUAUGUUUAUUCCUCAUCUAUUCAGCAGCCAAGUUUGUGAGCAAAUUUUCCGUGCCACUCGCUCAAUGACUUCGACUUUUUCGACCGUUGUCAAUUUUAGUUUAAAAAACAUAAUGGAACGACUUGACAGAAUUAAAGUGAUUAAUAAUCUUAUGAAUGAUUUGCAUGGAACAUUAAUAUUUCCUCGCGAAAAAAGACAACCAAAAGUACCAAACUUUUCAAAGUGUAAUGACUCUGAAUUUGUUCGAGCACUGAAUUUCUCUGACACCGAUAUCGAACGAAUUGUUCAUCAAGCUCUUAGUGAUUCAAUAUUGGCAGCGGAAAACUUGGGAAUUGAGGUUUUUGGAAAAGCAUACAACCAAUUAAACAUACCACUAAAAGUUGAUGAAAAAUUUACUCAAGAUGAAUUGCAACAAUAUAGUGAAGAAUCGAAAAUGGACGAAGCCAUAUCUAGUGUCAACCAAAAUGAAGACUCUUUAUGUCUAGUGCACGAAAACGUAAUAAAUACCGUAUUUAGUGACAACAUAAAUAACGAUGAAAAUGUUAAUGAUGAUUUCGACAUAUCUGCUGAUAUGGAAGUUGAAAUUCCUGAAGAAAGAUCAACGGCAUCAUCAAGUUCUUCUACCCCUUACGUAGAAGUUAUAACCGGAGGAAAAAGAGAAAAAUUGAAAAAAUCCACAUUUUGCUGGCUGCUUGAAAAAGGUAAAGUUAGAAUUAGUUCAGAUCGCCUUUCGAGAUUUCACACAUCCAAAAAACCCCGAGAAAACCCAAACUGGACAAAACAUCAAAAAUACUAUUAUCCUCAAACAAAAAACCUGCAAACAAAAUAGUUACUAGUACGGGUCGAAACAAAAAAAGGAUUCUCAGCGAAAGUUCACCUGAUAGCAGCUCACCAGAAACAGACGUUUAUGAUUCAGAUAAAGAAAAUGAACAAUACGGUGAAAAUUCGUGUUGCACAAUACUGCCUGAAAAUUAUUAUGCCGUAUAUUAUGAUGAAGCGUGGUACAUAGGAAGAAUUAUUUCAACUGGCGACAUAGAAUCCAUUCCAAAUUCCAAUGCUCACUCCAGUGUUUAUAAAAUGAAAUUUUUAAAAAGGGAUCUUAAUAGUUUUGACUGGCCUAAAAAUGAAGACAUCGCCAACGUUGACAGUAGAUAUAU